AUGUCCAGAUUUCAGUUUAACACACUUUACCUAAAAAUAAAAAAUGAAAUUUCCAAACAAAAUACGCUGUUUAGAGAGUCAAUACCGGCUAAAGAAAAACUAGGUGUAUGUUUGAGGUUCUUGGCAACUGGAGAUUCGUACCAGACGAUAGCCUUCAGUUUUCGAUUAGGCCAUUCGACUGUGCAAGGAAUUGUCAUCGAAGUAUGUAAUGCAAUUAUCUUAAAACUAAAAGAAGAAUGCAUCAAAACUCCUCAAAAAGAAGAUUGGGAGCAAAUAGUAAAUGAGUUUAUACUUUAUACUACAUAG